GAGCCUUCACCAGGCAGGGAUCCAGAUUUCAUUCAGCACUAGAACCUCGAGCUGUAUCCCAGUAUGGCCAGUGCUGAGCUACAGGGCAAGUACCAGAAACUGGCACAGGAAUAUUCCAAGUUACGAGCUCAGAACCAAGUGUUAAAAAAGGCAGUUGUUGAUGAGCAAGCAAAUUCAUCUGGUUUGAAGGAGCAGCUGAAGAUGAAGGACCAAUCUCUGAGAAAGCAGCAGCAGGAGAUGGACAGUCUAACAUUCAGAAACCAGCAGCUUGCUAAGAGGGUGGAACUCCUGCAGGAAGAGCUAUCACUGAUGGAAUCCAAGGGCAAGAAGACCAAGAAGAAUGUGGACUCAUCUCAGCUGAGUCAAGAGCAAAAGAAUGUGUUUGAUGAAGACCUUCAGAAAAAGAUAGAAGAGAAUGAGAGAUUGCACAUUCAGUUUUUCGAGGCUAGUGAAAAACACAAACAAAUCGAAUCAGAAAUGAAAAGCAGACUGCAAACACUGGAGAGUGAAAACACUCAGCACCAAGCAGUGGUGGAUGGUCUGACCCAGAGAUACAUGGAAACAAUUGAAAAACUACAGAGUGAUAAAGCAAAGUUGGAGGUAAAAUCUCAGACACUGGAAAGAGAAGCAAAGGAUUGCAGACAACGAACGGAAGAUUGCCAAAACCAGCUGCAGACCCUUCAUGUAGAUUUGUCCAGCAGAUUGGAGGAGUCGCUUUGCAUCAUCAACGAAAAAGUACCCUUUAAUGAUACCAGGACUAGCGAGUUGAAUGCUCUGAAUGUACCUUUACAUAACAGAAGACGUCAGCUCAAGGCCCGUGAUUUAGCAGGGCAGGCUUUAUCUUUCACCCAGGAUCUGGUCACUGCUCUCCUGAAUUUCCACACAUACACGGAACAGAGAGUCCAAAUUUUCCCCAUCGACUCUGCCAUCGAUGUCAUUACACCGUUAAAUCAAAAGUUCUCACAGUAUCUUCAUGAAAAUGCCUCUUACGUGCGUCCUCUCGAGGAAGGGAUGCUGCAGUUGUUUGAGAGCAUUACGGAAGACACGGUUACAGUGCUGGAGACUAGCGUGAAACUGAAAAUAUUUUCGGAACACUUUGCAUCUUAUGUCCGAUUUCUGCAGAAGAUUCUUCCCUACCAGUUGAAAAGCUUGGAGGAGGAAUCCGAGUUCUCACUUUGCACAUCUCCUCUGCGGGCACGGAAUCUAGAAAUCCACAGGGACGUGAAAAGAAUGACUGCAGUCUUUGACAAGCUGAAAACGUACAUCACUCUCCUCGCCUUACCCAGCACCAAACCAGAGGGUUUAUCAAGAGCCAACUAUAGCUCUAUAUUGACAAAGAUUUCUGCUGAUCUUCGGAAACUUCAUGAAAUUAUGAAAGAGCUCUCCAAACACUACAGUCAUAAAGCUGCUUUGGAACAGGAGUUGCCGGCAGCCACUGAUAAACUUAAAACAACAAAUGAUUGCGUCUUGUCCUCUUUGGUAGCGUUGGCAAAUGGAACUAACAAGAUUGCAACAUUCUUCAGUAACAACCUCAACUACUUCAUUUCCACGCUAAGUUACAGACCGAAAGAGGGACUUGGUUUUACAAAUCCUCUGUCUGCUGAAAUGAUGCUCCAAUAUAAGCAGAAAGCAGCCCACUACAUAAAAGCUUUAAAAAAGCCAUGCCCAGACUCUGUGCCUUAUCAGGAGGGUCUCCGCAAUCGCAGAGUUCUCCUGAGUUCCACUGAAAGCAGAGAAGGUCUUAUGCAGCAGGUGCAGCAGAGUUUGGAGAAGAUUGGGAAACUGGAGCAGGAAAAAGAGCACUGGAUGCUAGAGGCACAGCUAUCGAAGAUAAAAUUUGAGAACGAGGCACAUAGAAUGGCCGAAAUCUUGAAAAACACUGACAAAGGUCAAUUGGUUGAGUUCUCACAAGACAAUGCAUUGAUAUUAAAGGCAGCAGAGCACGAAAAAGGCAACUCCAUCAAUUCAAAAAGUACCAGCUUGAUCGGCAUGCUUACAAGUACAGAAAACCUACAGGCAGCACAUCUUGAAUCAAGAGAAAGCUUGAUAAAAAACCAUUACAUGACGCGGAUAGCGGAUCUCACAACGCAACUACAGCUCGCAGACAGUAAGGCUGUACAAUUCCAUGCAGAGUGUCGUGCUCUUGCUAAAAGAUUAACGUUGUCGGAUCAAUCGAAUCAAAGUCUCACCGAAGAUGCAAAAUCUGCAAAUCAGAACAUCAGCAGAUUACAGGACGAGCUGAUCACCACCAAGCGGAGUUAUGAAGAUCAGUUGAGCAUGAUGAGCGACCAUCUUUGCAUUAUGAAUGAAACGUUAUCCAAACAAAGAGAAGAGAUAGACACUCUAAAGAUGACUGGCAAGGGAAAUUCUAAGAAGACCAAAAAUCGAUAGUUCAACAAAGCCAAAGUGGACGAAGUUGCUGCUACUUAACAGCAUUCAAUGACCUCUGUCUGACUCCGUGAGGACGUCCGGUUUGUGUUUAUCCCUGUGAUGUAUGUGAACCAACUUUCUCUUGCUGUGAAUGGGACUCACUAAGCUGUAGGUGUAUUGUUACCCUUAGCAGAAGCAUUCUUUACCCACUUGUGACAUUAUUGGAAAGUGAUGGAAUAUACCGUUGAAAAAUAAUAUACACUCCAAAAUUUACCGUUGAAUUCCGAAUGGAAUAUGGUUUUAUUUUGCUAUAUAUUUUUUUUUUUAUGAUUUUUAAUUUUGUUACACAACAGCUUUAUCCUUUUUGUACUCUGGGCUUCAUUUAUAAUAAUCCAUUUACUAUGUCCAUUUUUGUUAUGUUUUUGUAUUUUAUUUGUUUGUUUUUGUUUGUUUACUCGAAAGACUUCAAUUAAUUUGCAGUACCAUCUGCAAAAGGGAAUUUAUUCUUCCAUUCGAUUUAAGGUCUGUUUACUCUGUAUUUAAAGAUUGCCUCCACUAAACCUUAAUGUCUGUAAAAUGAAAGAAAAACUAAAAUGAAUAUGUUUAACAAUAAAUUCUUAUAAAAUUG